AUGUUAAUUUGUGGAUUAUGUGAAGUUGGUGAACGUGCCGAGGGUAGAUGCGAUAAAUGUGACGAGUAUUUAUGUGAUGGUUGCAUUAUUCGACAUUUGAAACUAAAGCGGCAAAGGUCGUAUUCAAUGAGAGCCACAAAGGAUCUUGCAGAUUCCAUGGUAGUGUGUCGAAAACAUCGCGGUGAAGCAAAGAAGUUUUACUGCUAUGAAUGCAUGGAGACAAUUUGUAGGGAUUGUAUUUUGACUGGACAUAAAAACCAUCGCGCCGUUGAUCUCGAUGAUGCAGCUGAAGAC